GUUUUUCCAUCCCCACAAAGUUGUUUUUUCCAUCCCCAGAAAAAGAGAGCAAGAAAAACCCAAACAACAAACAAAAAGCCCCCAAACAAGUCACGGGGCGGGGGGGGAGGGAGAAACAUACAUCCUCCUUCCCCAAGCCCCUGGACCUCUGAGGACAAACAACACAACGACCGACUUUUAUUUUGCAAAAGGGAAGCAACAUUGUAGUCACGACAAUUCUGCAGAGAGAGGAAAAACUUGUGGGGCUUGCACGGCCGCCGAGGUCACCUCGCCCGCCGGUCCCCCGCCUUCCGCGAGCAGGGCAGCCCCCUCCCGGGACAAGCCGUUCCCUUUUUUUUUUUGUCCCGAGGAGGAGCCGGGGAACCGUGCCGGCUGGGACUCGGGGCGCGAGCGCGACCCCGGCGCGAGUGUAAAUCAGUCACCUGAGCGCAGAGGGGCCGCGGCGAGGGCGCGCGCGGGCGGGCGGGGAGGCGGAGGCGGCGAGAGCGGCGGCCCGGAGGAACUCGGAGGGGGAGGGAGAGAAAGGCCGAGACGGAGGGAGCCAGCGGCGGCCGAGGGGCUGGUCCAGGCGCGGCCGCUAAGAGGAGACCAAGAGGCGGGGGCUGCACUUGACAACCAGCAUGCCGAGAUGGCACACCUUGGGCCCACCCCACCUCCACAUAGCCUUAAUUACAAAUCAGAGGACAGGCUUAGUGAGCAAGACUGGCCAGCAUAUUUCAAGGUCCCAUGUUGUGGGGUUGAUACAUCUCAAAUUGAGUCAGAAGAGGCAGAAGUGGAUGUGAGAGAAAGAGAGACACAGAGAGACAGAGAGCCAAAGAGGGCAAGAGACUUGACUUUAAGAGACUCCUGUACUGACAACUCCAUGCAGUUCGGAACCAGAACGACUACGGCUGAACCAGGGUUCAUGGGGACAUGGCAAAACGCUGAUACUAACCUCUUAUUCAGAAUGUCCCAACAGGCUGGUCUCAAACUCCUGACCUCAGGUGAUCCACCCGUCUUGGACUUCCAAAGUGCUGGGAUUACAGGCGUGAGCCACUGCACCCGGCUGAAAGUUGCUAUGAUUUCUAAGGCCAUCCGUUGCACACUGGUAAACUGCACAUGUGAAUGUUUUCAGCCAGGGAAGAUUAACCUGAGGACUUGUGAUCAGUGUAAACAUGGCUGGGUGGCACAUGCCUUGGAUAAGCUCAGCACGCAGCACCUGUACCACCCCACCCAAGUGGAGAUUGUGCAGUCCAACGUCGUGUUUGACAUCAGCAGCCUGAUGCUCUAUGGGACACAAGCAGUGCCUGUGCGGCUAAAGAUCCUGCUGGACCGUCUCUUCAGCGUCCUGAAGCAAGAGGAGGUACUGCACAUACUGCACGGCCUUGGCUGGACUCUGCGGGACUAUGUCCGAGGAUACAUCCUUCAGGAUGCUGCUGGCAAGGUGCUGGACCGCUGGGCCAUCAUGUCUCGAGAAGAGGAAAUCAUCACCCUUCAGCAGUUUCUGCGGUUUGGAGAAACCAAAUCCAUUGUGGAGCUGAUGGCAAUUCAGGAGAAAGAAGGGCAGGCCGUGGCUGUACCAUCUUCAAAGACAGACUCAGAUAUAAGGACUUUUAUUGAGAGCAAUAAUCGCACCAGGAGUCCCAGCCUCCUUGCUCACUUAGAGAACAGCAAUCCUUCCAGCAUUCAUCACUUCGAAAACAUCCCAAACAGCCUUGCAUUUCUGCUUCCAUUCCAGUACAUAAACCCUGUCUCAGCGCCACUGCUAGGGUUGCCUCCAAAUGGGCUACUUUUAGAGCAACCAGGGUUGAGGCUGCGGGAACCCAGCCUUUCAACUCAGAAUGAAUAUAAUGAGAGCAGCGAAUCCGAAGUUUCUCCCACACCUUAUAAGAAUGAUCAAACACCCAAUAGAAAUGCCCUGACCAGCAUUACUAAUGUGGAGCCCAAAACCGAGCCAGCCUGUGUCUCUCCCAUUCAGAAUUCUGCCCCAGUCAGUGAUCUAACCAAAACUGAACACCCAAAAAGCUCAUUCCGGAUUCAUCGGAUGAGAAGGAUGGGGUCAGCCUCUAGGAAAGGAAGAGUGUUCUGUAAUGCAUGUGGGAAGACAUUCUAUGACAAAGGUACUCUGAAAAUUCAUUACAAUGCUGUUCACCUGAAGAUCAAACAUCGAUGCACCAUUGAAGGUUGCAACAUGGUCUUUAGCUCCCUCCGAAGUCGUAAUCGCCACAGUGCAAACCCCAAUCCUCGCCUUCAUAUGCCUAUGCUAAGGAAUAACCGAGAUAAAGAUUUAAUUCGGGCCACCUCAGGAGCUGCCACCCCUGUCAUAGCAAGUACAAAAUCAAAUCUGGCACUCACAAGCCCUGGCCGACCCCCAAUGGGUUUUACCACUCCCCCUCUAGACCCUGUCUUGCAAAAUCCUCUCCCUAGCCAGCUGGUAUUUUCUGGGCUAAAGACUGUACAACCAGUUCCUCCAUUUUAUAGAAGUUUACUCACUCCAGGGGAAAUGGUGAGUCCUCCAACCUCCCUCCCAACCAGUCCCAUCAUUCCAACCAGUGGUACCAUAGAGCAGCACCCCCCGCCACCCUCUGAGCCAGUAGUGCCAGCAGUGAUGAUGGCCACCCAUGAGCCCAGUGCUGACCUGGCACCCAAGAAAAAGCCCAGGAAGUCAAGCAUGCCUGUGAAGAUUGAGAAGGAAAUUAUUGACACCGCCGAUGAGUUUGAUGAUGAAGAUGAUGACCCCAAUGAUGGUGGAGCUGUGGUCAAUGACAUGAGCCAUGACAAUCAUUGUCACUCCCAAGAGGAGAUGAGCCCAGGCAUGUCUGUGAAGGACUUUUCUAAGCAUAACAGGACCCGGUGCAUUUCAAGGACUGAAAUAAGGAGGGCCGACAGCAUGACUUCUGAAGACCAAGAACCUGAGCGGGACUAUGAGAACGAGUCUGAGUCUUCGGAGCCCAAACUGGGCGAGGAAUCCAUGGAAGGGGAUGAGCACAUUCACAGCGAAGUGAGUGAAAAAGUCCUGAUGAAUAGUGAGAGGCCUGAUGAGAACCACAGUGAGCCCUCUCACCAGGACGUCAUCAAGGUGAAGGAAGAAUUUACAGACCCCACUUACGACAUGUUUUACAUGAGCCAGUAUGGACUGUACAAUGGUGGGGGUGCCAGCAUGGCCGCCUUGCAUGAGAGCUUUACAUCAUCUCUGAAUUAUGGCAGCCCUCAAAAGUUCUCCCCAGAAGGUGACCUGUGUUCUAGCCCAGACCCCAAAAUCUGUUAUGUGUGCAAGAAGAGUUUCAAAAGCUCCUACAGUGUGAAACUUCACUACAGGAACGUUCACUUGAAAGAGAUGCACGUCUGCACAGUGGCUGGUUGCAAUGCUGCAUUCCCCUCUCGCCGAAGCCGAGACAGAAACAGAAAUUUACGGAUGGAAAGAACCAUAGGUCCAGGACAUCGAGACAGCCUGCAUCUCCGUAGACACAGUGCCAACAUAAACCUACAUCGUAAACUGUUGACCAAAGAACUCGAUGACAUGGGCCUGGACUCAUCGCAGCCCUCCCUUAGCAAGGACCUCCGCGAUGAAUUUUUGGUGAAGAUAUAUGGUGCCCAGCACCCCAUGGGGCUCGAUGUCAGGGAAGAUGCCUCCUCUCCCGCAGGGACUGAAGACUCCCACCUGAACGGGUAUGGGAGAGGCAUGGCAGAGGACUACAUGGUCCUUGACUUGAGCACCACCUCCAGCCUCCAGUCCAGCAGCAGUAUCCAUUCCUCCAGAGAAUCCGACGCAGGCAGCGAUGAGGGGAUUCUUCUCGAUGACAUUGACGGGGCGAGUGACAGUGGGGAGUCGGCACACAAGGCCGAGGCCCCUGCCCUCCAUGGCAGCCUAGGGGCUGAAGUUUCAGGAUCUCUUAUGUUCAGCAGCUUGUCUGGGAGCAAUGGUGGGAUCAUGUGCAACAUUUGCCACAAAAUGUACAGCAACAAGGGGACCCUGAGAGUGCACUACAAAACUGUGCAUUUGAGAGAAAUGCACAAGUGCAAAGUCCCAGGUUGCAAUAUGAUGUUUUCCUCUGUACGAAGCCGAAAUCGGCACAGUCAGAACCCUAAUCUCCACAAAAACAUUCCCUUCACUUCAGUAGAUUAGUCUCAGAAUGGACACUACAAAUGCCAGCUCUCACCAGAUGGCCUACGUGUUUGAACUGCCAUAGUCAGUGUGCGCUUAUGUACUUGGGGUGUGUGUCUGUGUGUGUGUGUGUGUGUGUGUGUGUGUGUGCAUUUAUGUAUGCUCUGUGGCUACAUAUACACACACGUAUUUCCUUGAGAUAAACAAGAUAAACACUAGGUGCUUUUGAAUUUUUUUCACUUCCCUUUAUAGUUUUGGGAAAGGAGUGGGAUCUUUGAUUUCAGGGUGAAAACAGAGUACCCCUUUAAACACACACACACACACAUGCACAUACACACACACACACACACACACACACACACACAGUGUGCAACUAGCCCCAGUUUUGACAGAAUAAUUCUUGGUCUUCCCCAAAGAGACAAUUUGUUGUACCCAUGACUGUUGCCUGCAAAAAUAAAAGGGAAAAAAAAGAAAAAAGAAACAAAAA